GCCGAUGCUCUACCCACUGAGCCAAACAGCACUGCCCCCUGAGGACGGCUGCCCCCUCGGAGACGGCUCCUUCAGGUCUGAGGAGGAAAUGGAAGUGUGUGCUCAGCCAGUCCCAUCCCAGCUACCCGUGAGCUUCAAGGAUGUGCUGGUGAGCUUCACACAUGAGGAGUGGGGACAGCUGGACCUGGUCCAGAGGACACUGUACCACGACGUGACUCUGGAAACAUGUGACCACCUCGUCUCUCUGGGACUUCUGCUCCCCACUGUGGAUGUGAUCUCCUGCCUGGAGCGCGGUGCUGGUCCAUGGAGGGCGGAGCAGGAACCGCCUCCCGGAGAGUGGAAGACUUCACUUGAAAAGAAAGAGUCCGGUUCUGAAGAGGAUAUUGGUGUGGAAGAGCCAUCCUUCCACGUGGAAAUGAAACACUGUAUAGAGGGCCCCUGGCCUGUGUCAGUAGGAAAAAUACAGGAUUGGGGGGACCAGCCAGAGGAGCACCAGGAGGAAUCUUUGAGUCCGAUUGUACCUACCUCGGGGCGCAGUGUGUCUGCGAAAGUGGAACAUCGUGAGCAUGACCUUGGCGGAAGUUCUCUGAGGGAAAGCCUUCUACCUCUGACAUUACCUGCAAGAACACAUUUGCACAAACUUGACUCACAGUUCCAAGAGUCGAAACAGAAUUCAGUUUUCAUUAAUCAUCAGAAAGGUGGUGCCCAUCUGCAGCCCUGUGAAAAUCUUGAAAGUGCCAGGGCCUUCUCUCAGAGCAUUCACUUGAAUAAACUUGCAAGUGUUGAAACGGGAAAUAAUAAGCCGUAUGAUUAUACUGUUGACAGUGAUUCUUUCCACUGUGGCACAUCUGUGCGUUUCCAUAGUAGAAGUUUUUCGGUAGAGAACAGAGAUGAUUGUAAGGACAAUGGAAAUGUUAAGCGCAGCAUGUCCCUGAAAGAAAACAAGCCAGUGCAUUUUGGGAAAAGGCAGGACACAUGUGACAAACGCAUUGUACAAACUGAAAUAAUUGUCGGUGAUCCUGGAGGUGAGGAGGAUUAUGGUGCCUUCUGUGCGGCCUCAUCUGUUCACGACGGUGACAUCAUCCAGACCAGAAAGAAGCCACGCGCAUGUAAUCUACGUGGAAAAUCCCACAGCUGUUGCUCUGAGCUUGCGCACCAGAGGACACACACUGGAGAGAAGCCAUAUACAUGCAGUCAUUGUGGGAAAGCUUUCAAAUGGAGGUAUCUCCUCGUAGCCCAUGAGAGAACGCACACUGGAGAGAAGCCUUAUCAGUGUAACCUGUGUGUGAAAUCCUUUAGGGGUCCGUCCGCUCUUAUAAAACACAGGAGAACCCACACAGGCGAGAAGCACCAUAAUUGUAAUGACUGUGAAAAGUUCGUUAACUGGCAGCGUCACCUUGCUAGGCAUCAGAGAAUUCAUAGUGGAGGGAAACCGUACUUGUGUACUCAUUGUGGAAACUCCUUCAGCCGUAGCUCUGACUUUGUUGCACAUAAAAGGAUUCACAGUGGAGAGAAACCGUACGAGUGUAACCACUGUGGGAAAUCUUUCUGGGAGCGCAAACAGCUUCGUGCGCAUCUGCGAACUCAUGCUGGAGAGAAGAAAUUUUAUGAAUGCAAUCACUGUGGGAAAGUUUUCAAAUGGAGGUCUCACCUCAUUCUGCAUCAGAGAACACACACUGGAGAAAAGCCUUAUGAGUGUAUUGACUGCGGGAAAGGCUUCAGUGAUGGGUCAUCUCUUAGAAAACAUGAGAGAACACACACUGGUGAGAAACCCUACCACUGCGACCAGUGUGGGAAAUCUUUUCGGCAGCAGUCACAGCUUGUCGUGCACAAGCGAACCCAUACGGGAGAGAAACCUUAUGAGUGCAGUCAUUGUGGGAAAGCUUUCUGCCAGAGAUCUGGCCUCAUUGUGCAUCAGAGAACACACACUGGAGAGAAGCCCUAUAAGUGUAAGAUUUGUGUGAAAGCCUUCAGCCAGAGAUACCUCCUCAUUGUGCAUCAGAGGACACACACUGGAGAGAAACCCUAUCAGUGUACCAUGUGUGUGAAAGCCUUCAGCGGUCGUUUAGCUCUUAAAAAACAUGAGAAGACACACAUGGUGGAGAAACCCCAUGAAUGAAUGUAAUCAUUGUGAAAAAGUUCUUUAUGGGGCAGUCACCUUACUAGGCACCAGUGAAUUCACACUGGAGCGAAACCAUAUUUAUGUGCUCAUAGGGGAAAGUCCUUCUGCUGUAACUAUCUUUCUUGCACAUAAAAGGAUUCACACUGGAGAGAAGCCCUAUGAAUGUAACCACUGUGGGGAAACUUUUUAGCAGUGAUCACAACUUUGUGUAUCUGCAAAUUCAUUCCAGAGGGAAGAAACCUUAUUAACACAGUCAUUGUACAAAAGGUUUCAAAUAGAGAUGCACCAGAGAACACACUGGCAUGAAAUCCUAUAAAUGUAAUCACGAUGAAAAGGCCUUUUCAUGCUAGCGAGAAACCCUAUAAGUGUAAUGAAUGUGAGAAGGCUUUCAAUUAUAAAUCCCUUACUCAAUAUGAGAAAACUCGGGGGAGAGGAACCCUAUGAGUAAUUAAGAUGGGAGAGCUCAAUGCCAGAACUUCUUUUCUCAACAUCAGACAAACAUAUGCACCAGAAUUGCUUGGUGUGUACAUUGGAACUGCAGAUUACUAAUCUUACCCUGAUUUACGAAGUCAGAAUCUAUCAAUAAAACCCAAGAGCCUGUCAUUUCCCAAACCAGCACAAAUUACCUGUAUGUGCACUAAAAUGUGUGUACGUAUACAUUUAGGUGAGAAGGUAUGAACAUGACAACUGAUGGAAAGCUUUCAAAGCUUUUAGCAGGAAAUAGGAAAUUCAGAAUGGAACUGUGUCCAUCACACUAUCAUUUUAUUGCAAACAACCACCCGAACUUAAUCAGAUGUUAUCCCUAUAAUACAUUCGUAGAAAUGAUAAGGUAUUGGAAGGUUUGUUCCCCCCAAAAUAAGGCUGAAGUGUAUAUCAAUAAUGGUAAAGUGGAGAGGCCAUUACUGCAGAUUUGAGCAAAGUGAAAGCAGGUGGGAGAACAUCACCUGGAGAUGCAGAGUGGAAAAGACUAAAGCCAGGACCAUGAAGAGAGGGCUAUGGCACUGGAGGUCUCAGCCCCUCGACAGAGUUUCAGACUAACAGUUGGGGCAGAAAAGCAGGGUUCACUGAUGGUCUGUUGGUGAGAUUCCCAAGUUUCCUCCCUCUUCUUGUUUUGCAUUAUCUGCCUGUGGCUGAGCAAAAUAAAAUAGGGAGUAAAUGAGGUAUCCCCCCCAAAAAAAAUUUAGUCUGGAGAUUCGGAGAUUGGUGAAUUAUGCUCCAGAACAAGGGCUGCCUUUUCUUGGCAUCUCAGUUACCUUCAUCCUAAUACCUGGUUCUGGCCCUACUCCCUUCAAAGCAAAUCUUGCCAUUAAACAAGCUUCCCUCCCCAUCUAUGGAGGCUCCCAUGUUUUUCCAGAUAGUCUCUUCAAUAUAGAUGGAAGGGAGGGAGCAAGAGAUGUGAAAGCUUUCAAUGUGAAAGGAAAAACGGAUUAAAAAAAGAACAGAUACUUGGGGAACCUAACAUUUAAAAUGGAGAUUGAGCAAAGAAAUAAUUGCAAAUGAAAAUAAGCCUAAGGUAACUCGUAGAGAGUUAUGAGGACAAAAAUACACUAUAAUUGGCUAAAAAAAAAAAAAGUUGGAGAAGAAAAGGAAACUCCUGCAGAGCUGAAAGGAAAUCUUAAGAUCAUGCCAAAUACUGCCCAGGAUUAGUGGGAUCCAUGUAGCAUGAGAAAUUGAGAAUACUGUAGUCAAGAAAACAUUGUAGAAACUUCUGAAGACUAUAAAUUUAAAACUAAGGGAAUUUUUUUAAAAAGGAGUGUUCUAACGGUGAGGGAGAAGGGGGUGUGUAUCGGAACUUUAGGGUAAACAAAUUGUUAAA